GUGGACUCACCUGUAAGUGUAACGUCCAGCCUUGAUCAGCCAAGUGCUAUUACCUUAUCAGCCAAAGUGUCAUCUUCAUACCCCCCCACCAGCAGCAUCAACCCAACAAUCGUCUUGCUGCAGCACAGCAGAGAGCUGUGGCGGAGCAGGGCAGUGGCCCUAAUCGGAGCCCUGCUGUCAGCCAGAAUAAAUCUUCCUCUGAGUCUCCAGCAGACAUGGAAGGAAAGAGAAUGAGACUGUCUGAACAUUCAGCUAUCCCAGCACCCAGAGUCCCAGUACGGAACACAGAGCUGUCAAAGGACUGGUACAGAAACAUGUUCAAGCAGAUUCACAAAGUCCCUGAGCCUGUCGAAGAAAAUCCAUAUCGUCCCACCUACAUAUUUCCAGAGAGCAAUGACAGGCCACUGAAAACCAGAGAUGACAGGCCGUCAUAUGGUGGUGAGGAUGUGCGGGCAGUCCCUCGCUCCAAGAGUGCUGUAGACAUGGGGAGCUCCAGGGGACAGCUGCCUGUACCAACACGCACAUCUUCCCUAAAACCUCAGAGGAAUGAGUGGGAGCCCCCUGACAAGAAAGUAGACACCAGGAAGUACCGCGCUGAGCCCAAGAGCAUAUUUGAGUACGAGCCAGGAAAGUCUUCAGUGCUGAAGCUGGAGAGACCGACUCAGGACAUAAGUCCAGAAGAUGUAGAUGUAGAGAAUGAGCCUUGGUAUAGGUUCUUUUCUGAGAUGGAGUUUGGCAAAGCGCUGCAUCACACUAAGAGUGCCCCCUCUUUCAGCCCUUUGGAAACAUCUUCCGACCUACAGCAAUACUCAGCCUGUAAAGCAGGCAACGGUGAAGUGGAGAAGGACAGCUUGUCUGCCAGUGGGCAGGCAGCUCCGGAAUGUGAUCGGCACAUUUACAAGAGUGUCCUGGAGGGCGGCGACAUCCCACUGCAGGGCCUGAGAGCGCUUAACAAGCGCCACCCCAGCACUUCUUCUAAAGUGGAUUAUAAAGGUGGGAAUGGCUGUAUGAUUUCACCCUGCUCUUCUGUAAAUACUCACUCAGUUCUUGCCACUAAUGCACUAGCUUCUCAAUAUAAGACUAAAAAGUCCUUGUCUGCUGCCAAAGCCUGCAUCCCUCAAAUCCUUCCCUCCAAGUUUAAACCCAAGCUAUCGCCCUCUACCGAUGAGAGCCUGGAAAGACGAACCGAGCCGACACAGCAGCGGCCUAAAGCGCACAGUUGCGAGGAUCUGCAUCACGAGGCUUGUGGCUCACGCAGUGGAGAUACGACAGAUGCCAAUCACAGGUUAAAUUCAGCUUGCAAGUGCAACGGUUCACCUGAGAGCAGGUACCUGCAUAAAAAUGGACCUAUUGUGGGAUCUGUGAGGAGCACAGCCGAGUUCUCCACCCUCUAUCGGAACAUGCACAACAUUCAGAGGCCGAGCUCCCUGGGCUCCAGCCCCCACGGUAGUGUCCGUUGCCUGGCUUCCUUUUUUGAGAAGCCGGGGGACGACAUUACCCUGGAGAGGACUGAGAUCAUACCCCGGGAUGCUGUCAUGUUUCGAGUGCUGGAGUUUGAGAGUAUCAUUCAGCGUUCAAACUCUGCGCCCACUCGUUCUGCCUCGAUGCCCAUACUCCCUAGUAACCCAAGUCCGCCCCACAGCCCUGCGCCAGCCUGCUUUCUCCAGUCUGCUCUGUCAGCUGAGACUUUAGUCCUGCCAGGGCCUGAGGACUGUCCAGCCAUGAAUACAGAGGCCCAGACCCCCAAAGAGGAAGCUUCUGUAUCGGACGAGUGCCCAAACUCCUCAAGAACUGACUUCCAUUUGGAUCUAAAUGAGGGCAAAUCAGAAGAGAAAAACAGUUGCAUUCAUGAUCCUGCCAAAGAGACGCCAUCCGGGGGUGCCUCAGAACCCACAGGUCACCAUCACCACAAUCACUUCCCCUUCCACACCAAACAAAGCAAGUGUAAAGGCACCUGCCCGGCUUCCUACACACGUUUCACCACAAUCCUCAGGCAUGAGCGCCAACAGGCCAACACCCAGCAGGAGAAGAAGUGCAGUCCCCCCAGGAACUUGCUUCUGAUGGGACCAGCGCCUUUCUCCUUACGGAGGUCCUUACACAGUCAACAAGCCAAAAAGACUUGCGCUCUCUCUGCCAUGAAGCCCUUGGCCGGAGAUGUCAUCUCGGCCAAACUGAAGCCUUUGAUUCCCCAGCGCCUGUCCUCUUUGGAGGUGCUGGAGAGGCUCAGUAAUGGAGACAGCUCUCCCUGUGAAGGGUGCAACUCGGAUGACUUCAUGGAUGUGGAGGGCUCAGAAGCCAGUAAAGAUCACUCUGAAGAAUCCGAUUCCUCACAUCCAUUAAACCAAGGAGAUCAUGGAGAAAACUCAGACGAAGCAGUCCGGAAACGCUACGGAGAUAAAGAGAAAAUUCUGGAAGAGCAGAGACGUUUAAAGCGAGAGCAGGAAGAGGCAGAUACAGCUGCUCGGAGACAUGCUGGGCUGGUAGUGACUCAUCAACAGUUCAUUACUAAUGACCGCUUCGGCGACCUGCUGGUUAUUAAUGAGAAAGAGAAGAGAAAAACCAUAGAGAGGACUCCUGCUCUGGCUCAAUUUGACUUCAGAGCAGAAAGUUUAAAGGAACUACCAUUUCAAAAGGGAGACAUUGUAUACAUCUACCGGCAGGUUGAUCAGAACUGGUUUGAGGGAGAGCAUCAUGGGAGAGUUGGGAUUUUUCCACGUAGCUACGUUGAGAUCUUGCCCCCUACAGAAAAGGCUCAGCCCAAAAAGAGUGCUCCGGUCCAGGUGUUGGAAUAUGGAGAGGCUAUUGCUCGGUUCAAUUUCACUGGUGACACUGCUGUUGAAAUGUCUUUCAGAAAGGGGGAGCGUAUUACACUGAUUCGCAGAGUAGAUGAGAACUGGUAUGAAGGCAAAAUUUCUGGCACUAACCGGCAGGGCAUCUUCCCCGUCACCUACAUAGAGGUGCACAAGAGACCCCGAGUGAAAAAUGGAGUGGACUUCCCUGAUCCCCCUAUCAGCCAGUCACCUCACCGGAGCACUAAUGCCUCUCCACAGCCCAUUUGUAAUCGGCUCACGACCUCCCCUCUCCCUCUGCCGCGGUCUCCCCGCCGCUCAAUCUCCCCGGAAGUCCACGCAGUCUCCAACGAGUGGAUUUCGCUCACUGUGGGCGGAGUCAGCAGCAGCCCACCCGCCGCACCCACCCCACCCCUCCCCCCUCUGCCAAGCGCUUCAUACCGCUUGGGCGAAUAUCUUUCCCCUUCCAUGUCAGCCAGUCCUGUGCCUCCCAUCAGCGGCAGCCCCUACUGCGUCUCCCCAGUGGCUUCUCCCUCCACAUCUCCUUUACCCCCGCCCUAUCCGCCCCGCCCCUGCUCAGCCACCCCGUUCCUCACCUUCACUCCACCUCAAGGCGAGGACUUCCUCCUUUCUCCACCCUCUCCCCGCCUGUCCCGCAGCCUGAGUCCCUGUGGGGGUGCUGGGCUUGAGAGUUGGCUUACUCGGGGCAACAGGCUGGAUCAGGAGUUUCAGGAAGGGUAUGGGGCUGAAAUAGACAGGGCUGGCAGCCUCCGCAAGGCUCCUUACAGCAGGAACAAUAGUCCGGCAGAGCCAUUCAGAAAUGAUGUAGAGUAUUACGGGCGAUCUUCAAGAAGUCCUGUCAUGCUGUUUGACAUUCAAGACAACAACAUGAAUGCCAAUUCAUUCACGGAGGCAGUGUGUAAUGAGAUCAUGAAUAUUGCAGAGACCUCAGUGAGGUACUGCAGCACUUUGUCACGCCCUAUAGACUCCGCCCACCGACUCCUGCCUCCUCCCAGUAAACACUCUCUCAUCAUUUCCCAGCAACCCCUGUCCCAGAGCAGCAGUCCUGAGCCUGGACGCAUGAGCUGUGGGAUAUUUCAGGCAUUGUACAAUUACAUGCCUCAGAAUGAUGAUGAGCUGGAGCUGCAGGAAGGAGACCUGGUCAGUGUCAUGGAGAAAUGUGAUGAUGGCUGGUUUGUGGGUACAUCCAAGAGGACAAAACAGUUCGGCACUUUCCCAGGAAAUUAUGUGAAAGCUGUUAACUUGUGACAUGAUACUUUUGAAGAAAUAAUGGGUUGUAUGAAGAGAUUCUAACACUAUGCUUAAGCAGCCUGAUCCAUUUGGGACACUCAACCUGUUGACGUCAAAUGAAGACUAUUUCUCCCCUCCAAAAUUUGGUCUUUCCCAGAUGAAUGUCCAGGUAUGUGAUCAGUAAGGUGUGCGGCAUGUCAGCGAAGAACAUGCAGUUCAACUGUGCAACAGUGGCAGCAUUUGUUGAAGGAUUUAGAAGAAUACAUUGUUUUUGUUUUUUGAAAAUGUACAGACUCCGCUAAAAGCCAUUAAUAUGAAGUAUAUCAGACUUGGAGAAGGUGUUUAAGUUUACAGCUGCGAAUUGUACAACUUCAUCACAUACCUGACAUCACUGAAAAACAUGAAAUUCUACUAUUUAUUUUUGCUAUAAAAGUUUGAGUGUGACUGUUAGAGAUGACAGUGUAUUAAAGGAACCUGAAAGUGUCCGUAUUAAGGGUUACAGGUCAGAGAAGCUGUGAAAGUAUCAGAAGUUAGGAUUAGCCAUUUGAAAAGUGUUUAAAUUACAAUUUACACUCCCAUUGUGUAAAAAAAAUGCAUAUUUAUGGAGCUUUUUUUAUCAUACUUUCAUAAAGAGUAUGAUGUAAAUUUCUAUUCCGAUGAGGGCUCAAAGGAUGAGACAACAACAUUAGUAUUUGUGAAUCCAAGCAAAGCUAUUUGUAGACAUCAAAAUGAUGUAAAUCAGUGUUGAUGUAAACUCUCAGAUUAUACUGACAUACAAAAUUAUGGUAACACUUUACAGUAAGGACUGAUUUGUUAACAUUUGUUAAUUGGACGAGACAUUAAACCGAGGUCCUGAAUUCAUGUGGGUGUAAAAAUCCUAGGAUGUCCCUCGAAAAGAGUAACUUGGUGCUCUGAGUGUAGAGAAAAGCGCUUUAUAAAUGUGACAAAUUAUUAUUAUUUAUUGUAUUCCAUUAACAUGAACUAACUAUGAGCAACUGUUAUGUUAACAAAUAAAACCUUAUUGUAAAAUGUUACCACAUUUUUGUUCAUAGGAUUACGAUGGAGUGACUGACUCUAGAAACUCCAGAUCUAACAAGCUUUUUAAUUGGUAACAAAAAACAAUCAAGCUUUAAGUGUUAUGUAAUAUAGUGAGGUGAAGGGCUACAACUAAACCCCACUAAACAGAUGCUUUGCCUCAAAAGAUGCUAUUUAUUAGUGCAUAUUUUGCUUUUUCAGUCAUCCAUUUUUGAAUUGGUUGUUCUGAAGAGUGUGUUAGGAGUCUGAGGCACAGUAUUUACCUCUGAUAACAAGCCUUGAUAACAUCUUAACCCAGGUACCAUUUGACAGUGACAUUUACAUAGUGUUAUGAGUCCGGUAAUAUGGCUGCAUGUUGGGAAACGAUGAUCCAUAUAAGAUUGCUGUACCUCAUUUUCAAAGUGCCAUUCACAGUAGAGGAUGCUACAUGUGGACCGUUGUGUGCAUUUAGUUAGGCAGUCUCCAUUGAUUAGCUUGUGGUCUUCCUUAACUGAAUGUAGUUCACAUCUACUCCAGGUUGUAGAUUUGCAUUUGCUUCCUUUUAAGAAGUAGAAUUGCAAAUUUGAAGAUUUGGAUUUCUUCUUCAGAUGAAAUUGUGUCUUUUUGAAUCUCCCCUUUAGUUUUAUAAGGUCCAUUCCAUAUAAUGCCAGAGAACGUGCUGCUAGAGAGCAUGAGGGUCGUCUGAGACUCUUAUGCUUACCAGCCUUCCAUCCAAUUCAAAACGAAAAUUAGGAAAAGAUCAUUUGGACAGAAAUGAGUCAUUUAAAGUAUCUAGAUGUUAUAUUUUUCAUUUUUUUAAACCAGUGGUUGUUGCUAAAACCUUUGUCAAGAAGUAAUCACAUAAAAGAUCAACAAGGAAUUCAAAUACAUAUAUGUGAUCUCUAUUAAAUAUGAUGUUUUGGCCUUUUGAAUCGUUAUAAGUUAGCGUAGCAUAUCUGAAUGUAAUGCUCUGAGAAACUUUUAACUUGGAUGUGAACACAGUUGAAAUUCAGUUUUCCUAUUCUGUCAGAGUUGUAAAUAUGUAAAGUAAAAUGAAUGAAAGUGAUCGGAGUUACAGCAACCUCUAUGAAUAUUACAGUUUAUAUUAAAUGAAGAAUAUUAGGAAAGCACAGAGAUUUGCGUAACACAGGCUGUCUCAUAUGACUGAACGAGUGAUUCUGACACUGUGUUGGGAUUGAAAUGCCUUUCUGUCUCAUGGCUUCAUUGAACUGUGCCUCGUUUUAUUUUAUUUUAUUUUAUUUGCCUUGAGGUAAGCACGUUACUUUUUAAGUACGUUUUAGUGUGUCACAGGAGACAAUUACUGAGUUCGUUACCGCAAUCACAUGAGUUAUUCAAGAGUGUGAGAUGACACCUGAGAUGUUUCAUGUAUAAUUAUUACUUUGUGGUCUGUAUGCAGAGGCGAAUUUUGCAUUUUUUUUGUUUGUUUUUGUUUAUUUGCAGUGCUGUUAAUUACAAUGAAUUUAAAACACUAUUUACUGCUGUGAUUGCCUCAUUAUGCAAUAUUUAAUAAACAAUAUUACAGCUUU